AUGGCCCAGGCUCGCUCCGCGCGCCUAAGUCCCAGGCUCGCUUCGCGCGCCUAAGUCCUGGGCCGGGGCGCCCGGCUCACUCCGCGCGCCUAAGUCCGCGCCCGGUUCGCUCCGCGCGCCUAAGUCCUGAGCCGAGCGGAGAGUGGAUUCCUCACAACACCUUCGCAACGCUCCGCUCGCGACGCCGUCGCUCGUGAGGUCCUUGCAAAUUCGAUUGACUCGGCCGAAGUCUCGGCAGUCCUCGACAAAAUCCCUACCGCCGACCUGACAGCGCCGACAAUCUACUCGACGCUGAAAUCGCGGUACGCCCCUGACGACGCCACCCGCACACUCGAGCUCUUCUCACGACUCUGGGGUUUCCGUCCCAUGCCCGGCACGGUUGCCGAAUUUGACGGGUGGAUCAUGGAGUUCAAAGCCGUUGCGCAAGAGAUCAUCGACACAAAGACAACUAUCAAUGAUGUUCUCGCCACACUCCUCCUUGCAAUCGCCCACCCGUCCCUCGAGAGCUUCAAGGUGUCGUUCACCGAUGAACAGCGCACGCAACGAACUCUCCCCAACAUUGAUUCGCUUGCCGACCGUAUGCGAGUCCAACUUCGGUCAACGAACAUCCCCAGCACUCAAUCGGCCCUUCUUGCCUCGUCGUCGUCACGUUCUACCCGUCCCAAGUGUCUCGCCUGUCGCAGCCCUUCGCACCGAGUCGCGGAGUGCCCUACGAGGGCGCAACACCCGCCGCCAGGACCCUGUCGCUCCUGCAAGAAGAAGGAUCACUGGUCUCUCGACUGCAAGAAGGCGCUCGAGGACGGCAAAAAGCCCGACACCGCUGACUCGACCGUCAACUCGCAACACCAUGUCGGAUGUCUCGCCACCGGUCUUCUCGCUCGUCGUCGCCAGCUUUGCAACCACUCUUUUGUCGUCGACUCGGGCGCCACUUCGCACAUGGUCUCGGACAAGUCGCUGUUCACGACCUAUCGCCAUAUCGCUCCUACGAAGAUUGGUGGUAUUGCAGGGGGCAUCAACGCCAUCGGAACGGGAAACAUCGCCUUCAUUGCCGCCUCGGGUCAUCCGAUCACGCUUACCGGCGUGCUGCACACUCCGGGCCUGUUUGUCAAUCUUCUCUCGGUCUCUCGACUUUGCGACACCGACGAUGUCCGUGUCGCCUUCACGAAACACGGCAUCCACAUUGACAAGGACGGCAACGACAUCGCUGAAGGCGCACAACUCGACGAAGGGCUCUACUUGCUGGACGCUGAUCAUUCCAAAUGUCAGCACCUUGCUCUCCUUUCUCGCUCACAGUCGUCCGUGCCCCUGCUGACUCUCCAUCGCUGCCUCGGCCAUCUCGCACCGUCCUCCAUACAGAAGAUGGUUGCCGCUGGUUUGCUGGAGGGUCUCAGGGCCGGAUAUAGUGACGAAGAGGUAGAGAAGUUUGUCUGCAAUGCUUGCCUCAGCGCAAAGGGCCAUCGUCUUCCCUUUCCCGAUUCGGAUUCGCACUCCUCAGAGAGACUCGGCCUUGUACACAGCGAUGUGCUUUCCUUCCCCGAGCGGUCCUUGACUGGCAAACGUUACCUGGUCACAUUCCUUGACGAUUACUCGCGCAAACUCUGGGCCUACGCAAUCGGACACAAAAGCGAAGUCUUCGGCAUAUUCAAAACUUGGCUAGCCGAGGUUGAACUCGAGACGGGUGCGACGCUGAAGGUCCUCCGAACCGACAACGGUGGCGAAUACUGUUCGAGAGCGUUCACAGAGUUCUGCAAGGCACGAGGCACCCGUCGACAAUACUCUAUCCCACGCACGCCUCAACAGAACGGUCGUGCAGAGCGGGUCAAUUGUUCCAUUGUCGAAGGCGUCCUUGCCCUCCUUGUCGACGCCCACCUACCCAAGACAUUCUGGGAGGAGGCUGCAGCUUAUUUCGUUUACUGCAAGAACCUGUGUCAACACGCGGCCCUGGACAAGGCAACACCAAACUCUGUCUGGCAGGGUGACCACACCACUGCCUCGGCGCUUCACCCGUUCGGCUGUACAGCUUGGCUUACGGUCGCGCCCGAACUUCGCUCCAAACUCGACCCGAAGGCGGUUCGCGUUCUUUUCACCGGCUACGACCUGGCUUCAAAAGCCUUUCGCUUCUACGACACUACGACACAGAAGAUUAUACUUGGCAGAAAUGCCACGUUCCUCAACACUGAAUUCCCCGGAUUACAUGGUGACCCCACUGAGCAAGACGGCGACACGCACUUCGCCAGCGCUCCCACCACCGAAUCUCAAGCCGUUGUCAAGACAUGGACCCCACUAGUAAGGUCGGCGCACAUGGACGUCUCAUCCCCCCUUGAUGAUUCUGCCAUGAGCGCCGUUGACGUGGCCCCAGGGUACACUGGCGGAACCUUACUUAACUUCACAGAUGCCGAAUCGUCCUCGUCACCGUCGCCUGCGCCAUCGCCUGCACUUUCACCGUCGUCGGCUGCGUCAUCGUCACCCUCGGCCUUACCGACCGACUCUGAAGACUCCGCCGAUCCCCUCGACCUCCUCGGCUCACAGCCCCAGGUUCGCCUCGAUCUACAGGACGUGCACCACCCAGACUUCAGCACGUACCGCGAGCCCGCAUCGGCUGAGGAGUCGCCCGACAAACUCGACCUCAUUGGGCGCCACUCUCGCGACGAAUCUCCGGACGAAAUCGAUUUCCUCACCCGACACCACCGCGCCUUCAUCGCCAUUGACGACGACACCUCUGACACAGAGGCAAUUCAGCCAGUCAAGUCCAUCACGAGCGACCCACAGACCUGGCGCGAGGCGAUGUCUAGCGACAAGCGUGAAGUAUGGGCCAAAGCCGCCACCGACGAGUUUAUAGAGUGUAGGUCGUGGAACUUUUCGGAACUGGGUGUAGCGACCGCUGGGGCUACUGUUGGGCGCGUCGACGUGGCUACGGUUGCGACGGACGGUCCAAUUGGGAGAAGUUGCAAGGCGGCACAGACGCGGUCUGACGAGACGGCGGUGCGGCUGGACGAUCUGUUCUCUACCGAAGAUUAG